AUGCCGAAUGCCUCUGAAAUAAACAUUGAUGAAUUUAUCAACCGUCCUCGUGAAAAGUACCGCAGGAGGAGUCCCAAUGGCUUCUUCGUGUAUCGCAGUGUAUUUGUAAAGGAACUUUUACGACACAACCACAAGUUAGAAAUGGUCGACGCCUCAAAAUUGGCGAGCACUCGGUGGCGCAAAGAGGACGCAAAGACUCGUGAAGAAUAUAAGAGAAUCGCCGCUAUGGUCGACAAGAAACUCAAAAAAGUUAAGGAGGAAUCAUGGGAAAAUUUUCACAGACAAUUCAUACCCUGGAAAAAUGAGAAACCUCCAAAGCGCAUCUCAUCAGCGCCUACUUCCUUAAACCUUUUUUCUCCCCAAAUUACUACCUCUUCACCAAAGUUUCCUUCUCUUCCCACCACAGAGCCUAUUCAAAAUACUCCCCAACCCCAUCCUUUUGAUUUUGAAGAUGAAAAGGAUGGUCUCGAGGAUGUGUUGUGGUAUUUGAGGAGUCUUCCGUGUUUCUAG